AUGGUUCACAUCAAGCAUGAUGCCGAGCUGAUGACCAGUUUGCUCGCAGCAGACAAAAUCCCCGCAGGGAUCCAUUUCGUUGCAUUCAAGGAUACCAGCUCGAAUCCGGCACUGUUUUCCCUAAGUGAUGAUGGAAAGCUCAAUCUGGUUAUGGACGAUGACGGAGAUCCCACAUUGAUGAACUUCCGCGACAUCCUGCCGUAUGAAGGCUCCGUUCUCGCAUUCGAUGUGCAGCAACACUCGGACCUGACUCUGAAUAUCGGAUUGGUCACUCAGGGUUGGGCGGGGAAAGAACGUUCUAUCUGGUGGAAGAGUGAUUUCACUCGAACCGUUGCAGGCAGAGAGUUCCCUCUGAUUUUUCUUGCAUUGGAACGGGAGGACCGAAUUACCAAGGAAGAGCAGCUGGGACUCGUCGACAUCACUGUGACGGACGGCAAGCCCAUUUUGCGACUCAAUACAUCCUGGAGGCUUGCAACGAACGGUAGGCAUAUCCCGCUCCUCAAGGAAGGGGAAGGAGGUCGACUAUCGGGGAUCCUCACAGUCCCAUCCGCUCUGGAGAACGACGACAGCAACAGCGGCAGCAUUUUGGUGCGAACCCUGAUCUCGGUUAAUACGGCGGGAGACUUGUUCCUGCUGCAGGAGGCUUCUGAUACGAAGAUCUGGGAAGUCCAUCCGUUCUACGUCGGAUGUCGGUCGGCUAACAUUGAGAUGGAUGGCUACGCGCUGCGAAUCCAGGCCAUCCCAGACGUGAAAACAAACACACAGAAAGACAUGGACGUCGAGGUCGUGGCGGGUUGUCAACUCCAUGUGGUCAGCUCCGGGUAUACUCGAGCUGUGGUCAAUGGACGAGCGACCAAUUUGACAAGUCAUGGAUGUUGGUUGCGCACGGAUACCCGGGGUACUCUCCUAAUUAUGAUGGGAACUGACGACGUCGCAUGUCACUCCAUCUAUGUUGAUGGGUACUUGCCGCCAAACGCGAGAGAUGAAGAGGACAGAUAUCAGCCCAUCCAGUCUUCCUUGAUGGAUCCAAGCACCAAAGUCGUCAAAAAGCUCCGCCAAAUCCAAUCAGGUAAAGACUUGAUGACAGCUAAGACGCAGUCCGGCCAGAACCUCGUAGACAAAGGGGCACUUAGUGAAAGCGACGCGGAUGUCAUUGCCAGGAAUAUUGCCCGGCUUUGCGCUCAUCUGAACACGCAUAUCGACUAUCAGUCCAAACUGCUCAAAGCUGGGAAUCUCAAGCAGUUCUUUUUCUCUGAUCUGGCCGACUCCGCCUGGGGUUUCUUUCACUGGAUCCAAGAAAAAGUUGAAGAGGUUACAGAUUGGGUGAUCGACACGGCCAAAUCAUUGUGGACUCUCACCGUGAAGCUAGCAGGAGAGGUAUAUAAUUUCGUGCUGAGCACGGCUGAAACGGUCCUAAAAGCCAUCGGCUGGCUGCUCGCGAAGAGUGGCGUGGUGGUGAACAAGCUGAUCGACUUCGCAGGCUUUAUUUUUAAUUGGACCGAUAUCUUGCAUACAUCUGAUAGUAUCUCGACGCUGAUUAGUACAAGCUUAAGCUACGGGCAGGAGAAGUUAAAGUCGGUCAAUGACAGCAUCAAAAGCUGGGUCGAUGACACCAAGAAGCUUGUUCAAUCAUCCAGGGGCGAUCUAGAGUCUCGACGAAAGGAACUAUCCAAGGUGGAGAGUGUAGAAGGUGAAGAUAUUAUCUUGGAGGCGCAGCAAUUAAUCCAAUACAGCGUAUCCUUUAAUUGGGUUGGUGACCAAAUGAAUCAUGGCGAUUUUCUCGGGCUGCAGCUCGACACCGACGAGCUAAUGGAAGGGAUGAACAGGAGCAGACCACCAGUUGAAGGAUAUCUGGGACGCAAUUUGCAAGGAAAUCGAAGUGAUGAAAGCCUUGCCGAGCAACUGGGAAGUGAAAUCCCGCAUGUCUUUGGGUCCGCUGAUGAGAGGAACGAAGCUGCUUUCCACGUUGCCAAUGUCGCAUGCGAAGCUGCCCUCAGUUCCAUUGAGAACUUGGCCACGGUCGUCUUCAAAGCAGCAGAGCUACUACUUGACGUUGUCCGAAUGUUCGGAGAGACCCCCAUCGAGAUCCCCCUAUUCACACCUCUGUGGCACACCAUUGCCGGUAAAGAUCGUCCGUUUACGCUAUUCAACUGUUUCUCACUGCUAAUGGCGAUUCCCACGACCAUUGUCUAUAAGCUUCUGUAUCAACGUGCCCCCCCUCAGUUGAAGGGGAGGGUAACAAAGGCAACACUCGCGGGAUACUUCAAUGGCACAAAGCCCACCGAUCUUUCUCUGCACAAGGAUCUCCGCUCUUUCAGCGGUGCCAUGGCGAUCGGGGCCGGGUACGUCGGUUUGGCAUUCACGACGAUCAGCCUCGCAUGGAGCCUGGCGGAGAUCGGAGCCACUGUGGCUCAACUGAUUGAAGUCCUGUCCACUGUCCCACCAUGGGAAGGGUUCGAUAAUGAAACAGCGCUCAAUCUAGCAUGGGUGGUCUGGGGUGUGGAUUUGGCUUGGUUGAUAGGCUGCACUGCCGUCAGAGUGUAUUACGUCUGGACUACAACGGGAACCCACGUCGCCGAUUUCAUGAAGCAUCCUAUUCUUGGAUACUACGACCUUGGCCGGGCUUCUGUGAAAUUGUACAUCAAUUUCCCCAUCAUUUGGUUCGAGUUUUUCACCGGUGACUUUCAUGUAUUAAAGCUGCUCCGUGCCUACCUGCGUUUGUACGACGGUGGCGUAGGCGUCAUCGGGGCCCUGGCAUACCUGAUCGCGGGUGUUGCAGCCAAGACCAAAAAGGAUGUUGCGCUCAUGGCAACUGGGGUGGAGGUGGCAGCGGAGCUGAUCAAGUGGGCUGUCAAGUAUGGCGAUAAAUGGGCCGAGAACGAGAUCAAGGAGUCACAGCCACCGAAGACGCAGGGCUAG